GAGUGUGAUCAAGGUCCAUAUUGAUGAUGUGUCGUCUGACGACAACGGACAGGACCUAAGUACUUACAGUUUUGCAACUGAUGGCUUCCAUGCAGCGGCGACCAGCGCGAGUCUAUGCCUGGCGACGGGUGUCCGCGGAGGGGUGGACUGGAUGAGGAAACUAGCCUUCCGCUACAGAAGAGUCAAAGAGAUGUAUAGCACAUACAAAAACAAUGUGGGGGGCCUGUUGGGUCCUGCUAAGAGGGACGCGUGGUUACAGCUAAGAGCGGAAGUGGAGGCUUUAACAGACUCCUGGCUCACCAACGCACUCAAGUCCCUGUCAAUCAUCAGCUCCAGGAGUAACUGCGUGAAUGUGUUGGUAACAACAACCCAGCUGAUACCAGCAGUGGCUAAAGUUCUGUUGUAAGUUAGGAUCUGCCUUCCUUUGAAGAACAUAUACAGCAAAGAGAGCUGUUUUGAGAGAAUAGUGUCCCGCUUCGGCACUAACAUUACCUAUGUCGUGGUUGGCGACGGGCGGGACGAGGAGCGCGGCAGCCAGGGCUUCGGAGUGGUGGACAAGCCUGCCUUUCUGCAGUAG